AUGCGCAAGGCUAAUGAACAGAGAAAAGAAAAGUAUAAAUGGAUGUAUGAUAAAGAAUCAGAUCCGUUAUUGCUUGAAGAUAAUCAUGAUAAACCAAAAUUGAUUGAAGGUGUCUCCCAAGACAAGCCAGCUGAGAUUGCUUCCUGGAAAUAUAAAGUACGAAAUUCGCUAAUGUUUUAUCCAGAAGGCCAAGAUCAAGUUCCUGAAGAGAAUUCAAGAAGAGCACCAAAACAAAUAGUCCACACUGCAACUGCGGCUUCUGUUGGAUUCAACAUAGAUUCGACUCCAAGUGAAAGUGCUUCUCAUACACCCCGAGUUGGUGGUUAUAGUUUCGUUUCGGCCACACCGUCUCCCAACCCUUCACAAAUUGACACAUCAGAACUUAUGACUUGGGGUAUGAUCGAAGGUAGUCCUCUGUUGAUUGGCGGAGAUCAAACACCAGGACCCUCUUUUCAACUGCCACCAACCCCACGGAGAGAGAUUAUUGGAAUGAAUCUUUCAAGCAAUGCCUCUAGAAAUAUUC